UUAUUUCAAUGUGUUCAAUCUGCUUUGACGUUUCUAAAUGGUGGUUCCUGAUUUUUAGUUCUAAAACUUUAGUCCGUGCAAAUAAUUUCUAGAAAAUCGUGUCGGUGUAGUUUAUAAUACGUUUGUGUCUAAUAAUUAAUAAAAUAAAUGCCAUUCGACUUUCCAAGUGUAGCCUUGUAUUACCAUUGUUUAUUUCUAGGUACAUUUCGUUGUACUCGUAAUGUGGUAAAUGAACAAUUGUUUUAAAGUAUUGUUAUUAAUUAAUUCAAGAAACCCUGCUGCUAAGAACAUUUGCAAACCAAAUUUAUUGUAUUUGCAAAAUCGAAUAGCUAGAAUGGGAUUACUGACAGAAGGAAGUCCUUUAUCAUGGGAAGAAACCAAGGCUUUGGCAGAACAUGUUCGUCAACAUGGAAUUGAGCAAUUUAUAAAUCUUUACAGUAAGCUGCGUGAUCGCACUGGAGAUGUUCUUAAGUGGGGUGAUGAAGUGGAAUACAUAAUUGUCAAAUUUGAUGAUGAAAACAAAAGGGCUACUGUCAGUCUACGAGCUGAUGAAAUUCUUCCAAAACUUCAAGAGCCAGAGCAAAACAACCCUCAAAAUGUUAAGUCAUUAUGGCGUCCUGAAUACGGCGCCUAUAUGGUGGAGGGCACUCCAGGCAAGCCAUAUGGGGGGCUCCUGGCUCAUUUUAACAUUGUGGAGGCCAACAUGCAGUAUCGAAGAGCAGAGGCGAGCGCCUUCCUUAAAGACGGCGAAGUUAUCAUGAGCAUUACCAAUUUUCCCAGGUUGGGUUGUCCAGAAUUCACGAGCCCAGCGUAUCAUCCAACGCCACAGAGCGGUGUGACGAGGUCGCUAUUCUUCCCGGACCAGGCUAUAUUUCCGGGGCAUCCACGUUUUAAAACGCUCACCGAUAAUAUACGUAAAAGGCGAGGAGAAAAAGUAGCUAUAAACAUUCCAGUAUUCAGAGAUACCAACACAAAGUUACCCGUGGAUGAUUCGCACGAGUUCGACUCGGCAGCUCAGCCGGGCUGCGUUUAUAUGGACGCCAUGGGUUUCGGCAUGGGUUGCUGUUGUCUGCAACUCACCUUCCAAGCCUGUUGCAUUGUGGAAGCGCGCACAUUAUACGACCAGCUCGCGCCUUUAUGUCCAAUCAUGUUAGCGCUGUCAGCAGCGUCUCCAGUGUACCGCGGGUUCCUUACCGAUGUGGACUGCCGCUGGAACGUGAUCUCCGCGUCGGUGGACUGCCGCACUCGCGAGGAGCGCGGCCUGGACCCCCUCAAACAUAACAAGUUCCGCAUACAGAAGUCCCGAUAUGAUUCAAUCGACUCGUACCUCUCGCCGGAACACGAGAAAUAUAACGAUAUUCCUAUAGUGCAUGACGCUGCCAUCUACCGGCGACUGCGAGAAGGUGGCAUCGACCACCCACUAGCACUGCACGUGGCGCAUCUCUUCAUACGCGACUCCGUCUCUCUCUUCUCCGAGAAAGUCCAUCAAGACGACAAAAAUGAUACAGACCAUUUUGAGAACAUUCAGUCAACGAACUGGCAAACGAUGCGCUUCAAGCCGCCGCCACCCAACUCGCCGAUCGGCUGGCGUGUGGAGUUCCGGCCUUGCGAGGCGCAACUCACUGACUUCGAGAACGCCGCCUACGUGUGCUUCGUGGUACUUCUCACGCGCGUCAUACUAUCGUACAACCUCAACUUCGUUAUGCCCAUAAGCAAGGUGGAUGAGAAUAUGCAGCGCGCUCAAAGGCGUGGCGCGUGUUUGAACCAAAAGUUCUGGUGGCGUCGCGACGUGGGAGCACCGCGAGAUGUCGCCCCACAAACGUGCGACAACACCGACCACUACGAGGAGAUGACCAUCAACGAGAUCGUCAACGGGAAAGACAGUACAUUCCCUGGUCUAGUGCCAUUGAUAGAGUCAUACUUGUCGGGCAUGGAUGUGGACGCUGACACUCACUGUUCCGUGCAGCAAUACCUCAAGCUGAUCCAGAGACGAGCGUCCGGGGAGAUCGCCACCAUGGCUGCCUGGAUGAGGACCUUCGUCACCACCCACCACCACUACAACAAAGACUCCAUCGUGACCGAAAGGAUAAACUACGACCUCCUGAAGACAGCUCAUGGGAUACAAACCGGUGCGAUACCGGCUCCCACCCUCCUGGGCGGCCACAUCGCGUCCAAAACCAACGAGGACAUCCCCAAAGCGUUCACCAGGAUGCUCAGCAAGGAGUGCCCGUAACCGACAGCACUGCCAUCCAAACACAAAGCAGUGGCAUUACUUUCAAACGGGGUAGGCUAAAACAAAAUCUCUUCAUACUAACCGAAAUUCUGCCUUAUGCCUUUAUAAAUACGGUAGAUAUAUUUUUUGCCUCUACGAAGUACACGCCACUGCGCGACUGUGCCUUCUGUAUCUAGGACCACCCGUGCAAACACAUCGAAACUGUGACAGUUUUGUAAAUAGACAAUAUGUUGAUCACUUUUUAUGUACCACCAUUGACAGUUGUAGUUACAAUGUCACAAAGAGGAAAUUCAGAUGUAGUUAGUAUGAUGUUUUAGGAGAAUGUGCUAGUUGAAUGGGCAGAUAGUAAAAGCUGACAAUCAACAGAUAGGGUUGAGAUUUUUUUUUAGGAGAUUGCUCCUGUUUUCGAGCAACUUAGACCCAACCAACGCCAAUUUGGUGUUUAGCGUGCCUAUGAAAGUGCUAUUUGUAUUUAUAGAAGUCUCAUUCAUGCUCUGCUGACCUCGCUCAGAUAUAUGACGUGAAGCUAUGUAUUAUGUGAUAAAUUGUGUGUAAUUUACAGACCACAAAUAUGUUUAUUUACCAUUACAAUAUGAGUUACUAAAACUGAUCAUUCAAUCAGUUAUUGACUGUUUUAGUUUAUUAUAAAGAACAAUAAUCAGGUACAAUAUAAUGCAGGACGCUUAUAAUGCGAGCAUCACUGUGAGGUUUUCGAACGAAUUCGAAUUUUUUGACGGUGAUAGUAUUAGUAAAAUCACUCACCAUUAUUAUGUGAUAGAAAAAUGUAGUUGUUGAUUGAUUCUUGGGACAAAUGGUGAUUGUAGUAGAACAUACAGCGACACACGUUACUUUUUCCAUUAAAUAAAUUUCUAGUUUUUUUAUGCAUUCGGUACUUAAACACGAAUAGUUCAUAUUCCAACUAAAAUGUACUUGUCACAAUUUUCAAAUAACUAACUUUGGUAAACUGUGACUUGUGAAAAUGUAAUAUUUAUGUUACAUAGGCCACGUGCAUGACAUAAAACGGGUCAUAUGCAUUUUGUGUGUUAAAAUAUGAGGGCCGAGUAAAUAAGAAGGUGCGUGAGGUAAUCAUAUAGAUGGAACUUCAGUGCACUCAUUAAUGCCUGACUUGUUCUUGAAUGAAUCGCCUUAUUUCUGUAGUAUACCGAAUAUUGAAUACCAACGAGAGAUGUUGUUGUGUUAAUCUGUUUAACAGAUACUUAACUAUGAAUUUAGAAUUGUUAGUUCGUAAUCAUGUAGCCUUUAAAGACAUUUUAUGAGACGAUACCAAUGUGCUUGGUUAAUACCAGUUAUGUUAGAAAAUGGGGUAGAAAUUGGGUUUAGAUAUAGAUUAAAUAAUAAUAUACUUAGUUUAUUUUCAUUUUUUUCGACCUAUUAUUAUUAGUCUGUUAUUACCGAGUACAUCUUUUUGUAGAUACAGUUCAAAUACUUAAAGUUUGUGUUGCAUUAACUGUUUACAUUAAGAGCAAGUUCACAUGACCGCGCAGUCCUAGGAAAGACUGAGUUAUAACCGCGUGAGCAAGUUCUUUAGGUCUCCCAUAAUGACUCCCUUUCUAAUAGGAUAAAAGCAAAAGUAUGGCUGUGCAUUUUUUAACGGAUAUUUGUCAGUGCACAUUGGUGGACGGCACUGCAUUUAUAACUUAUUACCAUCAAACCAAAUGAAUUUCGAGCUGGAAUGACUCGAAUGAGGCGAAACAUGUUUUAUUUUCUCGGUAUCGUGCGGUUAUGUGAACUUGCCCAAAAUUUUUAUUUCAUCUGAUGGCACAAUAAGUGAUACAACGUUGUGGUCGGCUACAGUGAAUAACAAGGAUCUUGAAAAGUUCACCAGUGCCAUAAUUCUCACAAAGUAUUUAUAUAAAGAAAUCAGAUUCAGUACAAAGUGGACAUCUAUCUCAAUUAUAUGUAUGAAAGUGAUACUCUGAAAAUACAAUGUAAUAGAUGCACGAUUCUGUUGCACACUUAACAGUGUCAUCUAAAAAUACCUAUGUUUAUUACUAUCAGAAUAAAGUAGGAACUCGAUUAUGUGAAACUUUGUGAGUUCCUACCUUAUCCUUGAUAUUCAGAAGUUUUUGUGGACCGACCUAGCUAACAGAUAUAAAAUGGCCGAUUUCAAUAAUCUUUUCUCAGUAAAAGCCUCAAAAACAAAUCCAAUAAGGUCGCAAAUCAUCUAUCUAAAUAUCUUGGCCCAAUCUACAGCUUGGUGCGACCAUACAUAGCAAUUGUCCCAUCAUCAUCAAUAUAUUAAUGUCUCCACUGCUGGGGCACUUCCAUAUGAAUGGAAUAGGGCCAUUCAUAUGGAAGUGCCCCAGCUUUAUGAAUGGAAUAGGGCCAUUCAUAUGGAAGUGCCCCAGCAGUGGAGACAUUAAUAUAUUGAUGAUGAUGGGACAAUUGCUAUGUAUGGUCGCACCAAGCUGUAGAUGCUCGGUGUUACCAUAUUAUUUGAAGGUCGGUUGCCGAAUCUUAUUUUCAUUGAUCACGGAAAGAAAUGUCGGUCAUUGGUUCUUAUCGGUCAUUGAUCGACCUUAUGUAGUUUGUAACAGAAUCGAACUCUAUUAGUUACAUUAAUAAGACAAUAAAAUUGCUUACUUGCAACUUAGUUCCUGAGAUUGAUAGCUGUGUCCACAGAUUGGUUGUGACUAGUGUGAUGGUGUGAGAUGCAUGGUAAAAUUGUAGUAAGAAAAUCUGUAAUAUAUGACGAGAUGACGUUUCCACUAGUUGGACGGCUCGAAUACAAUUUGUGAUGUCGUUAAUGAUUUAUUUCCGCUUUUUUGGACCAAGUAUUUGUUGUUAUUAACUUAUUUUAAAGUCUUUAUUGUUUGUAAUGUUACUGACUUGCUAUUAUUGCACAAGAUAUUAAUUGUGAUAGUACUAACUGAGCAGUACCUACGCACUUCUAGCAGCACCGUAUUGCACUUUUUUGCAUGAACCUCCGACACCUGUGCUUUUAAAUUUGAUUUUUUUGUAUCAUAUAAAUGUUCAGAGCAAUAUCCAAACUAGCUUUUAAAAAAACGUGAAUAGUAAAUAAUUAUUGUAGAUCGAUACUAUUACAGCAAUGAAUUUUCCUGAAAUAAAAGAUAAAUUAAUGGACAUAAUUUUGAAAUGUAUUGCGUAUAAUUUAAACAAUGUCAAGACUAACGGAAAUAUCUAGGUAUAAUGUAUAUACUUAAAUUUGUUUAUUAUUAUAAUUACAUUCUGAAUGUAUAAUUAAAUUAAUUAUUUAAAUUAUACCCUAAUUGCAGUAAUUUUUAUCAGUUUAAGUAUAUCUAAAAAAUACUGUGUUACCAUAUUACAAUGUAUGAAUUUAAAAGGUCUAAAAUAAAAGCACAAACCUAUCAUAAUAUACUAUUUAUUUCUAUUUUGUACGA